AUGUCGGACGGAACGAAGAGCAUUGUCAAACCUGAGAUACUGCAGGAGUUUCUUUACGUUGUGCGAGAGGGAGAGCCGCUGCCUUCUGACACCAGCAGGUUGAAUGAAGAUGUUCUCUACAGAGGCAGUGAAAAUACCCUACUACUUAUUUAUGUAGUGAGAAUAGAGGCUAUGUGCAUAUUCCGACUACACAACUAUCCCUUUGACAGACAGAAAUGUCAACUGGGAUUCAGCUAUUAUGAUAACCCAGAAAUAGGCGUUCUGCAAAAGGGUGAAAUCUCCAUGGAAGCUACAAGGGAACUACUUGAGUACGAGAUUGUAAAUGAGACUAUGACUGUUGGUGAAACCAACCAGUUCAUGUCGAGUCUUCAGGUGGAGAUUGAAUUCCAGAACCAGUACACUUUCUAUAUCACCAACGUCAUAGUGCCGACCCUCCUUAUGGCAAUCAUCUGUUAUCUCACCUUUUAUUUCCAGCUCAAUGAUUUUCAGAUAUGGAUUGAUUGUUCUGUUGAUGUCAGCUCAACAAAGCUGAAAAAGUUUCCACACUGUCCAAGAGACCGCAUCGUGAUUUCCCUGACGUCCAUGCUGGUGCUGGCAACGCUCUUCACCCAAAUGAGCCAGUCCAUUCCCAAGACGGCUUAUUUCAAAGUCAUCGAUGGCUGGUUCAUGUCUCUCAUUGUCAUCGACUUCUUGGUUGUUGUUAUUCACACUAUCAUUGAAAACCUCUGUGGAAUGAGAGCUCCCCCUGUGAACAAAUCUGUCAAGCACAGUCCCAUCCAAGUUGCAUGGUCUUCACAUGAGCGAAGUGACACCAAGGGUUUCAUUAUGGCACAGAAAGUGAAUGCUGCUUCCCAGAUUAUGUUCCCCUUCUUAAUUACUCUAAUGUGCACCAUCUUUGCCAUUUUUGGCUAUUCUAGCUUAUAUAUGGCAUCAUAA